AUGACCAGAGCAGCCGCGUCCCUGGUCCUGGUGGCCCUGUCCUCCACCUUUGCUAAAUAUGUCCCCAAAUCUGGCCAGAGGAUCCCUCAGUCGCUGUCUCGAGGUUGGGGCGACCAGCUGAACUGGGCUCAGACGUACGAGGAGGCUCUGUCCUUGUCUCAGUCCACGAACAAGCCUCUGAUGGUCCUGUUCCUCCUGGAGGACUGUCCUCACAGCCAGGCACUCAAGCGGGCCUUGGCUCACGACGAUGAGAUCCAGAGGAUCCUGGACGAGGACUUCGUGGUCCUCAAUGUGACUCAGGAAAUCGCAGAUCAAAACUUCUCCCCUGAUGGAAAGUAUGUUCCCAGGAUCGUCUUUGUGGACCCCUCCAUGACGGUGAGAGACGACAUCAUUGGACGCUACUCCAACCGCCUAUACGGCUAUGAAGCAGAAGAUAUGAAUGUCUUGCUGGAAAACAUGAAGAAGGCCAUGAAGCUCCUUAAAGCCAAAUCAAACGGUGCAGAGUAG